GCCUGCCUGACUCAGUACAGCGGUUAAAACGCGGUCCCUCUCCCGGCUGUGUUGCGGGAUGUUCAGUCAGCAUGGUGGUGCGCGCCGGCUGAACGCAGCUCGGUGCUCGGUGCUCGAGGGUGUGUGUGUGUGUGUGUGUGUGUGUGUGUCAGUGUAACUCCGCUCCGCUCUGUCCCGGGAUGAGACCUCUUCCUCACCGUCACCAUCAGCUGUGAAGCACGCGGGGACACGUCGCGCACACCUGGAUGGAAAUCGAUGGAGGAACUUGCGCCUUCACCGCAGCACUCCGCAGAUUGCUUCUCCUCCUCUCGUGGUCCACGGGGGGAGCGCGCCUGUAAGCUGAUUUAACCUGGAGGGAUGUGAAUACCUCUCCGGGAUUACAAGGUUAUUGGGUGAACGACAAUGCCCCGCGGCUCGGUCCGCCACUCCCGGCUAUUGUUCGUGCGGCGGCGGACGCACGGCGCUCCUCUCCAGUAGCUCCAGCCGCUGUCCCCGCGCCUCCUCGCCGCUUCGCUCAGGUCGCCCUCCCGGUGUGGACCUCCCGGUGUGGACAGGAUAAUAUGACUUCCUGGCUGCGCGCAUACGGCAGCGUCCCUCUGUGUCUCCUGCUCUGCUGCCUGGCGGCUCCCCGCGCUGAAGCCUCGGCUGCCGGUGACAGUGUGUGUUGGUCUCCUACUGUCUCUUCUUGCGCAGAGUGUCUCGGCCGUGGACCACAGUGUGCCUGGUGCUUCAAGGAGGACUUUCUGGAUGAGGCAGGCCUGAGCCUGCGCUGCGACCGGCCAGUGAAUCUGCUCAGGAGAGGCUGCGAGGUGGAGUUCAUGGAGCAGUCAGAGAUGAAGGUGGAGGUCAACGCCACCAUCAGCAGCACGCAGGUGUCCCCACAAGACAUCAGCAUCACCCUAAGACCAGGGUCAGAGGCCAACAUCAUUGUGGCUGUGGAGCAGCUGGAGCGUUAUCCAGUGGAUCUGUACUACCUGGUUGAUGUUUCGGCAUCUAUGCAGGAAAACCUUGAUCAUCUGAAGACCGUCGGCGUGGCUCUGUCUCUGCGUAUGACGGAGCACUCGUCAGACCUCUGGCUGGGCUUCGGCUCGUUUGUGGACAAACCUGUCUCCCCUUACAUCAACGUCCAUCCCUCCAAGAUCAACAACCCCUGCAGUGAUUAUGAGAUCCGCUGUCGUCCCGCCCACGGCUUCCACCACGUCCUAGGCAUGACGGGAAAUAUGAGCGAGUUCACACGUACAAUUAAACGCCAGCGCAUCUCUGGAAACAUGGACACACCUGAGGGAGGACUGGAUGCUAUGCUGCAAGCUGCUGUCUGCCAGAAAGCGGUGGGCUGGCGGCCAGAGGCCAAACGUCUGCUGCUCCUGAUGACCGACCAGCCGUCUCACCUGGCCCUGGACAGCCGGCUGGCAGGGAUCGUGACGCCGCACGACGGCCUGUGUCACCUGGAGAACAACGUCUACACCGGGAGCACUCAGAUGGACCAUCCCAGUUUGGGUCAGCUGUCUGAUAAACUGCUGGAGAACCAUAUCUACUCCAUCUUCGCUGUGGAGAAGCAGCAGUACCAGUGGUACGAGGAGCUGGUGCGCCUCCUGCCUGGCUCCUACCUGGGGAAGUUAGGCCUCUUCCAGGCUCCAAACCUGAUAGAGCUGGUGGUGGAUGCAUACAAGAGGUUGCUGUCAGAGGUGGAGGUGUCGGUGUCAGUGGAGGACCAGGCAGCCAGCAGGUACUGGGUGUCUGUCUCUCCUCUCUGUCCAGACGGAUCCACUGCUAAGGACCAGAGCUGCUCGGGGGUGAAGCCCAGCCAGAAGGUCUUCUUCAACAUCACCAUCGGCAUGCACUCGUGUCCUGACCAUGGUGAAGAUGAGGAUGUAACAGUGACGGUCCGCCCUGUGGGAUAUAACGAAUCCACCGUGGUCCGGAUCCACUCCAAAUGUCGCUGCAGCUGCGGCCCCACGAAGCGCUGCAACGACGACAGCCAAUCACAGUGCAGCGGAACGCCAGGCAGCACCAAUCAGGGGCCGAGGCCUGAUCCCGGACUAAUUCAGGACUCGAACAGAGAGUCAGACUGGAACUGCAGAGCAGAUGGAGCCGAUGUGGACUGCAGUGGUCGGGGAGUGUGUGAGUGUGGCAGGUGUGUGUGUGAGCAGAGCCGGCUGGGCGCGGUGUACGGGAAGUACUGCGAGAUAGACGAAUUCUCCUGCCCGUACGGAGGAGGCCUGGUGUGUGGAGGGAGGGGUGUGUGUGUGUCAGGACGGUGUGUGUGCCAGGACGGCUGGAUGGGUGACAGCUGCGGUUGUCCCGUCUCCACGGCAACCUGCCGGUCAGCUGACGGCUUGCUGUGCAGCGGGCGGGGCAGAUGUGUGUGUGGCAGAUGCGUGUGUGACGACUCUCGGCGCUACGGAGACUUCUGCGAGCGAUGCCCCACCUGCCAGAGCACCUGCCAAUCAUACUGGAGGUGUGUGGACUGCCACCUGUCUCACGGUCUCUCGCAAAAAGAGGGAGGGCACUGCAACAACACCUGCGCUCCAUUGGUGGGCUACACGGAUGAUGUAUCAGGUCCAGCAGGGGAGAAGUGGAUUCAGUGUUUGUUCAUCAGUAAUGAUGGCUGUCGAUAUCGGUUUCAAACAAGCUCGCUGUCUGGUCAGACCCAGCUUCGCAUCAGCACAAGACCAGAGUGUGCCAGCAGCAGCCGCCUGGUCGGAACAUUCCUGAGCGUGUGCGCUCUCACGCUGCUGUGCGGCCUGGUGGUGGUGGCCGUGUCCCGGCUGCUGCUGCAGAAGAGAGGCGGGUCACCAGGGGGCGCCGCUGAGGAGCGAGGCUAUCACUGCACUGGAAAGGAUCUGUCAUACAUCCCAACGACCAACGAGAAGACAGUCACCUACAGGAGGGACCGUCCACCUGACCACCCCGUGGAGAUGCACAUCCAGGUUCCCAAGAUGCCCCUCGGUGACCCUUGGCAGUACUAAGCAGAGGUCAAAGGUCAGAGGGAAGUCAGUAGAGACAUUUAAAAGGACAGUCGCUUCUUUUCUGCCUCUUAACCUUCAUUAAAGUUCCACCAGCUGCCCGCGGAGACUGUGAGAAUGGCAAACUAAACUAAGAAACCUCCAUGGUACAUUUGUACGAGAACUGACCGAACCCUCAUAGACUGUGUGACUGAUGUGGCCAGUAUCCUGGAAGUCUAGAUGACACAAAGAGCACAAGUCGCCCACCUGUUCCUGUCGCAGGGCGAAGGUGAUCAUUCCUCACUUUUUAGCCAUGCAGCAAUCACUGCUCUGUGUGUGUGUGUGUGUGUGUGUGUGUGUGUGUGUGUGUGUGUGUGUGUGUGUGUGUGUGUGUGUGUGUGUGGUGAGGGUAGAUGCAUCUGUGCUCUAUCAAGGCUUUCUAUUUAUGAUUUUACAGUAAAACACUACAUGUUUAUGUGAAGGUGUGGCGCUCCAGCUGUUCUCUCCCUGUCUUAGUCUGCCCCCCUGUGGCCAGCUUGGGGUACGACAUGUUCCAUUACUGACCUCACCUGUGUUUCCUUGAGAGAAGGGCUGCAUGAUAGCAUAAAAAAAAGGCAUUUGAAUUAUUCAGACAGAUAUCAAGAUUGUGAUCUGAUUCAAUGAUUCUUGUUGCAUCUGUUGCAUCUUUUGCACUGAAAAAACAAUUCGACAAACAUGCUUUCUUAAAUGUGGAGGUUUGUACUGCAUUAUGAUUUAGCCUUUAUCAAAACAUCUGUGCUUCUGUGAUUGGUUGUAUUACGAUUCCCAUAAUAUUUCAAUUGAUUGUGCAGCCCUACCUGGAUUUAAAGGGUAACUCCACCAAUUUUACACAUAAAAUGUGCUCAUAGGUUUUGGGGGAAACUACUGCCUAUGUGAAAAACUAGUGUAAAGCCUUUUCUGGCUCCAGAAGAAGCUACAUGUAUGUUGCAUUGUGGGUAAUGUAGGCACCAGUUUUGAAAAGGAAGAUUUAAUGCUAUUUUAAAUGUGAUGUCUAUCUAUAUCUUUUGUUUUUAAACUGUCCAUAACGAGUCCUAAACUGCUGUACCAAUUUUCAUAACAUAACACCUUCAUUACCCAUAAUGCAACUCAACCACUGAGUGACAUCAAUGGAGGACAUCUUUAGAUCACAUGCAGCUUCCUCUGGAGCCACAGAACACUUUAGACUACUUUUUCACAUAUGCAGUAGUUCUCCCGACACCUGUAAACACACUUUGAUGCGUAACAUUGGUGGCAUUUCCCUUUAACUCAGGAGGCACCAGUGACUUGGACUGACUCGAUGUGGAGUCGUUUGUGGUGUGCCUUGUCUUCUAGUUUCUUUGUUGCAUUUUGUUUGUGUUAACUGAUCAACUGUUUUACAGAAUAAUGUUACUUUAUGUCAUUUUUCUGUCAUGAUGAGUGAGAAUAUAAUCUGAUGUGACUGUCAGCUGUUGAUAAUCUGGUUAGAUUUGCACUAGAGCAGCUGUUCUGCAUUAUACUACUGAGACCUGAGGGGGGCAGGAGAGCUGCACCGGUGGGUUUGGAGGGACCGGGUCACUAUAUGUUGGGCAUUAGGCGUCACACAUCUACAACACUGGAAUAACAAUAGACUGGAGCACAUUCUUCUUUUAAAAAGCAACAUACUGACAACCAACUGGUGAAUAUCUCAUCAAACGCCUGUUCGUGUGGCAGAACCAGAACUGUGUCCGCAGGCAUCUGCUGAUCAUUCCAGAACCAUUUUACUUCACGUGGUACCAAUGAGCCCUGAAGGUUCUGACAUCAGCCGGGCUGGUUGCCUCUCGUGAGAUCAACCCUGUUCCUCUUUGUGAGUUUUAUUUAACACAGUAUUGUUUACAGCCACGCCUGCUCUCUUGUACUGUAAGUCAGGAACACUAAUUAUUAUUUAUUGUGAUUUUUCUUCUUUUUAUUUAUGUUAACUGUUGUAUUUUAUGAAAAGGCUGCUUGAGUAGCAGGUGGUGAGAAGUGUUUGUGUUGAUGAAGCGCGCUCUCUUUAUCUCUGAUCAUGAGAAUAAUUCAGCAAUAAUCAUCUCUGCCCGGCUGAGCUCGGGCUAACAGCAGCACUUUCCUCUCUAGUUCCUCUGUAUGUUAAUGUGACUCAUUGUGUAGCAUGAAGAUUUUCAUCACAAUAAAAUGUGCAAGAUGUUUUCUAUCA